GCUGGCGCGCUGCCUUCAUGCCUGUGCUUGCACUUCCAUGGGAAGAAAGUACCCUGCCUCCAGUUGUCAAAGACAACUAAAUGCUCACUGCUUGAAAAGCACAGCCUGGAUAAAAGCGCGAGAGAUUUUUUUGUGGCUUGUGCAAUUUGAGGAGCAAGCAUCAAUGUUUACUCUGUGCCAAAAUCUGCCCGCAUAAGCAGAUCAGACUUUUUAAAAUGUUGUUCUGGAAGGUCAGAGACUAUUUCGUUUGCUGUGCUUUUUUUUGCUUAGUCAAGCAAAGUUCACAGGAGCCAGAGGAAUGAUUUGAUUUCCAAGUUUUCUUCAUUCUUCACUGCGUGCCUUGUUAAAUACAUCUGUGGUAGUCUCAGCUUUGAGCAGCUACGAAGAAACUUCUAAACAAGCAAUAAACCCCUUUGUCGCUUUUUAAAGAAAUAUAACUUCAGAAUUACUGAAUGAAUGGUAUCAAAUGACUGAGGGGCUGUUUAUCUCCUGAGUGUUUGCAUUAUGUGCACAGAAGAUGUACUGUACAGCUGUUUGAAGUUUUCCUCUGAACCUUUUUACGUGCAAAGGCCCUCCCACCUCCUACAACUCAUGUUGCUUUUCUGGUGUCAGAGGCAGAACUUUGGUUUUAGACACAUCCGAUGUGCAAAUGCAGUGUUAACAAGAGUUGACCUUUUGUAGUGUGUAUGCUUCAACCAGCGCUGAAGGAUUAUACUACUGUAAUGUGUUAGGGCUGAGUCAUGACACUAUCUCUGCACUUUGCCAGCAACCAUUUCCAGUUGUAUCUCUUUAACAUCAUCUCAAUUGUUUAUUUACAAAGAAGGGAAUAAUUCCCUACCUGACAAGGGUACUGUAGGUUUCCUUAUGUUUGUGGUGGUGUUUUUUUUUUUUGUUUGUUUGUUGUUGUUGUAACUGAGUAUUUCUGAUAGAUUCUGAUAAGCUCUGUCCAAUAACAACACUCAGCACGGGCCACUUGCUGCAUGUCUAUGUGGCUCACUGAUAUACGGGCUGUCCCAUGGCUCCUCUCCACCCUUUUUGUUUGUUUUAUUUUUCUGAUAGAGAUGGAGGAGAGAAGGUGCAAGGGUUCUUCUGUCCUCGAUACCUUGAGCCUCUCCAUUCCUCCUCCUGUGGACUUUCUCACUACAUGGUUUCUGCCUGCAUAAACACAGUUUAAUAUUGAAGCUGAAGUUCCUUUAGAUUACACAGUGUAGUGCUGCUUGAUGAGCUGCCAGGCAGGCACGUGUGUAUUUUUUAACUGAGAUUUGAUCUGUAGCUACUGCACUGUCAUCUGCCUGAGGUUUGCACAAUGCAUUCUUCCUGUACUCGGGGCAUUACCUCGGCUGCUAAUUAUUUCUCUCAUCAUGAACAAAAUUGUGCUGUUUACCUUAAAGGUGAUGCAUCAGCUUCAUCCUGCUUAGCUCGCAGCCCUGCAAGUUAACUGCCUGCUUACAGCUGUUCCCCUGAGGUUCUUGCUCUACUGGUUUUCCGUCAGCUUCCACUUUCCAAUUAGAGUCAUUUGGAAGCACUCAACUUUCAGUAGCUGUAUUUUUCAAUGCCUGUUCCCACUUCACUUAAAGAUGAUUAUACAAUGCAAAAAGUCGCAUUUCCGUGCAAUGACUGUCUUCGGCUUGCAAAAAUGUUUUAAGAUAUGGGUGCAAAAUGUCAUAGAAGUAUACUUUGUACUCUGUUACAAUCCAGGCCAAAGGAGAGGAUGCAGCUUAAUCAUUACAGACUUUGGACAGGGAGGCAUGACUUUUGGUUUCUAUUCUUGGUUUUACUGCUGACUUAACAUGUGACUUGUGUAAGUGAUUUAACCUUUGUGUGGCCCAGCUUGCCCACACAUAAAAUAAAUAUUAUAAUCUCUGCUUCUCAAGUUUUGUCACUGAGGGCACUCCAGUAGCCUGUUACGAGCACCCUGGUUGAUGACAUGUUAAACAUAAAGUGCAGUUCUGCAGAUCUGUUUCUCAUUCCUCCCCAUCCAUGCCCCCUAAUGGCACUCUUCUACUUACCAGGGAACUGAGCCAGUGGCCUCUCACAACAGCUGCAUUUGAAUAAAACAGAGAAACCGAAAACCAAAAGAAUGAGGCUUGAGAGCGUAGGAAAAGGCACAUCUUUAUGUGUACAGCCUCCGACUCGGCAGUUCCCUUCCACAUGUAGCCAUGGUAGUUGUAAACUUCAGAGUAAAAGGAAGUAACACACUGCCUGAGUCUGGUGUUUCUGAGCUCAGGCAUACCAAAAUUCAGCUCUUGCAGUUAUGGAGAAGGAAAAAAAGCCAGAGCACAGGUGAAUGUUUGUGGAUGACUUUGUGUGAUGGUCAUUUGCCGUGUUGCCAUAGAAGAUGUGUUUGAAUUACAAAAAACUGUGAUGUGCAUGUUUCUCUGUAGUCCAUACAUAAGCCAUGUGAGCAAGCAGUUAUGCAAGGGCUUCUGCAGCAGUUAAUAUCAUACCGAAGUGAUUUGUAAGUCAUAGAGAUUUACAUGUGCUUGAGUUUAAAUCUUUUCUCCCUUGCUUGUGUGAGAAGAUCAACUGUGGACAAAAUGGGCCUCAACAGGACCCGGCCCAACGGCCCAUCUCCUCUCUCUGUAUUAUACGUCAUUCACGUGGGAUGAGACUCUGCAAGGAGUAAUGGAAACAGAUUCCAAACAUAAAAAGAGUAGCUGGUAUCAUCAGAUUUUAAAGAAGAAAAUGUGAGUGGAAAUAUUGUAGCGGAAACUGCUGCAGCAAAUGUUUUCCACUAAAACCUGCACCAGAGUGCUGAAAAGCCACAUACUCUUUCCUUGGGUUUGUGCGUCCGCUCAGAAGUAACAGCUGAGAGGGAGAACAUAAAAAACUAUACAAACAUCAAAAAGUUUUAUAUGUAAUUUAACAUGGAUUUACCUGGCAAAACAACUUGGAGAAGGGACUGCAGAAGUUCAGCAUGUCAGCAUGUUCUGCUCCUGACACGUCUUCUCCAAAUGCUCCUAGAAUGAAUAUCAGUACCGCUAUAGAGAUGACUGAGCAAGGCAAAGACCUACUUCAAGUGUGAGGUUUUAUUAGAACAAAGCGCAUACUUGAAGUGUGGAGGUCAUUAUUAAAGAUGAAGGCUGAAAUUCUGCCCCUGCUACCGUCCAUGGCAAAAUCCCUACCGAUUCUGUGUACAGCAGGUUUUUACUCAUCGUCUUGAAAUCUAGCCAGCAGAAGCAGCAGCAAACUGCUAUGUGGCUGUCUCUCCUGUUUUGAUUUUCUCAUCGGUGGGCAGGUGUUUAAUGCAGAAUUAAGAUUUCUUUCUCUGCCCCGCGUGGCUUGCUUUUACCAUCCUCCUCUAUCACCACAGGCAGUCUGCCUGUCUGAGCAGGUUGAGCUGGGUGCUGAUUUUAUUGAGAAGCAAGGGAGGAUCACUCAUACAGUCACUUCUGCUGUCUGAUGUUCUUAGGCAGGAAUCAUAAUGGUGUCCUAAGCUGCUAAAGCUGCUUCUGCAGUGAACAACUCAUCGUAGACUACUCAGAUCCCUUUUUUGAGAGCUGACUUCUGUUAACGAUGCCCGUGGCUUACUCUGGUACGCUCCGUCACAUACUUUCUUGUUUGACCAUAGCUAUAUCGAUAUCAAAGCUUAUACCUGAAGUAUUCAUGGUAAUGUGUUUUUUUUUUCAGUAUUUCUGGACAUGUGAGUACGUCAUUCCAGAACGGUGUCAGUGAUACCUUAUGCAGAGACAAAACAGACAAAUACCCCAGAAGGUUGGGGUAUUCCCUGCCUGGCUACGUUCCUUUCCUCAUAAAGCCUGGACUACCUGUGUUUGCAAUGCAGAAAGCUCACAUUCGGCGAGCUUUAGAAAACACAUUUAGCCCCUGCUUACUAAAAUAUGGCCCACCAUCCUGCACGUUAUUGUUCUGUUCCUACAUGCAUGGCCUUGCAGGGAUUCCAAGAAAAAUGCUUCCUAAAAUACUACACAUAACUUAAACUUGGCUGUGCAUGCAAAGGAAAAGCAAUUAAGGAUAAAAAUAUUGUCUCAAAUCCAAGGAGUUUGAGACAGGAACAUUGUUAUUGUUCCCCUGAAGAAAUCGGAGUGCAUUCACAUUUAAUGUUUUCUCAGAAGCUGCUCUGAACUUUCCUAGAAAGAAUUAAGAGAGGUGGCACAACCAGUAAUUCCAAUGAUCCUUUACAUUAAAUGAACCUCUUAAACGAACCAACAGAACUCAUAUUCCUCUUGUGGAGUGUGUUCCUCCAAAUAGCAGGUACCAAGUGGUGAUAGCUUUGUUGUUGCCUUCGUCACUUCUUACAGGCUCCUGAGGAGGAGUCCAUGAGUGGCGCAGGGGCUGACCGCCGAGCAAACAAGUGCUGAUGGAGUCCCUCCUGGGUCUGUAUGGAGCACGGGCAGCUGGUCUGUGCUGCUCAGAUAAUACACAUCAGUGAGGUCUCUGCUCUCUGUCUGCUUUAGCAGCGUUGCACAUCAGCACUGGAGGAAGGUUUCUGGAAUCUCAGGGAAGAGAUGCUGGGUAAUAAAAGUGUCACGCUGGCAAUAUGGGGGCAGAUAACAGAUCCCCGGUGCGUGGCACCGGCAAGCAGCAGCACCAGGGGUGGGGAAAGCUGAGGCCCUGAGCCUUGCAAAUACACAGGAUGCAUGCGGUGGAGUUGCUCCCUUUUGUGCCUUCGCUGCUCUGGGCUCCAAGAGUGAGAAAACACAGAGAAUUCCCCUUUUAGGUUUAUUUUAAGGUAUUCAUGCAGAUAAGAACAAGGGGAAUCAAAGUCUUAGUUUAGGCUUCAAAAUCUGAAGAUGCUUCGAGGUGUUCGAUGAAAAACAGUGUAAUUGCUUUAUUGUCACAGUGAAAAAAUAUCCUGGGGGUGAAGACUUUUCUUGUCAUCUCCAACCUUUUAGGACGCGUAGGAAUGGGAGCCCUGGUGGGUACCGGGGCAGCUGUUACACGUCUGUGCAAACGGAACCACCCGAACUGCUGUGUUGGACCCAGGUGUGGUUGCUGGGCGGGAAGCGGUGGCUGCACAUGGGCGCUGUGUCAGUGCCUGCGGGCUCACCGUGCUCCGCUCUGUAGUUCGGCUCGGCAGGGAGGCAGCCCCUUCUCCCCACGCAGGGAGCACAGGUGCGUGGCGCGAGGUAAAGCUUCGGUAUGCGAAAGCAGAAAGCCUGCCUUCGAACGCUCUUUUUGGGCGUGGAAAGUUUGGGGUGGAAUUUGGUGCCAAUUUAUGAGCAUUUCCCAUCCUGCUAGAAAGAUGUGGCGCUGGCUCUUCUGGUGGGCCGGCAGCAGCCGCGAGGGAGCCGCAGGUGCCGCUUUAUUCGUGCCCCGGCCGUUAUUCGCUACGGACGCGCGUUGCCGAACUCCCGCGUGCCUCGGUUUCCUCGCCUGAAAACCGCCGAGCCGCGCGGCUGCAGGGAGCCCGGGCCGCGUCAUAAGCCCUGCGCUGAGCCCGCCCGACGCGCACCGGGCGAGCGGAGCGGACGGCCCCGAGGCCGUGCCGCGGGCCCUCCCCUUCGCGCCAGGGCGCGGCGCGGCCGCCGGCCCCUCGGUGCCGGGCCCGCUCGGAGUUGCUGCCGCUGCCCGGGGCCGGCCCCCCCUCCCUCGCCUUCCCGUUUUGGCAGGGGAUUAAAGCAGCUCCCCCCUGUGGCAGCAGUGACCCAGAAACGAGUUUGAUUCACGGAGUCCUUCCUCCAUAACAAGUACAAACGUCAGUCAGAGGGAGUCUCCGGCGGUGUGUGUGUGUGUGUGCGUGUGUGUGUGCGCGGCGCGGACGGCCGCUCUCCGCGCCCCGCCGCCGCCGCCGCGCCGAACUCAUGCGGCGGCCCCGCGCCCUCCGCGCAGGGGGAGCCCGGCCGCGCCGCCCGCCGCCGCCCCGCCGCCAGCAGGCUGCCUGCUGUUUCCCAGGGAGAUCAUGAAACGACGUCGGCUUCCUAGCAGCAGUGAGAAUUCUGACGACAAUGGCAGUCUGUCCACCUGGUCCCAGCAUUCCAGAUCUCACCAUCGGAGGUCUUCAUGUUCCAGACAAGAAGAUAGAAAACCUUCUGAGGUGUUCAGAACGGACCUGAUCACUGCCAUGAAGUUACAUGACUCCUUCCAGCUGAACCCUGAUGAAUACUAUGUGCUGGCAGACCCCUGGAGGCAGGAGUGGGAAAAGGGAGUGCAGGUGCCAGUUAGCCCAGGGACCAUCCCAGAACCAGUAGCCAGGAUUGUGUCUGAGACAAAAGCUGUCACAUUUACACGUCCCCGGAAGUAUAUUUCUUCAUCAGGCACGAAGCCUCCAGAGCUGGGUUACGUUGACAUUCGAACCUUAGCUGACAGCGUGUGCCGCUACGACCUCAGUGACGUGGAUGUAGCAUGGCUGCAACUUGCCAAUGAAGAAUUCAAAGAAAUGGGGAUGCCCGAGCUGGAUGAAUACACAAUGGAAAGGGUCAUAGAAGAGUUUGAACAACGAUGCUAUGAUAACAUGAAUCAUGCUAUUGAGACAGAAGAAGGACUUGGGAUUGAAUAUGAUGAAGAUGUUGUCUGUGAUGUCUGUCAGUCUCCAGACGGAGAAGAUGGCAACGAAAUGGUGUUUUGUGACAAAUGCAAUAUUUGUGUGCACCAGGCCUGUUACGGUAUCCUGAAGGUGCCAGAAGGCAGCUGGCUGUGCAGGACCUGUGCUCUUGGUGUUCAGCCCAAGUGUUUGCUGUGUCCCAAGAAGGGUGGUGCCAUGAAGCCGACCCGCAGCGGCACCAAAUGGGUUCACGUCAGCUGUGCUCUAUGGAUUCCAGAGGUGAGCAUUGGAAGCCCAGAGAAGAUGGAGCCCAUUACCAAGGUUUCUCAUAUUCCCAGCAGUAGAUGGGCAUUGAUAUGCAGCCUUUGUAAUGAAAAAGUUGGUGCUUCUAUACAGUGUUCAGUGAAGAACUGCAGAACAGCCUUUCACGUCACUUGCGCGUUUGACCGUGGCUUGGAGAUGAAGACCAUACUGGCAGAGAACGAUGAGGUGAAAUUUAAGUCAUACUGUCCCAAGCACAGCUCCACCAAGAGAGCAGAUGAUGAGACCUUCAGUGACCACCUGUGUCAAGAGAAUGGGAAUGGGAUUCAGGACAGCUCUCUUCCUGCCCACAUUGACCCUUUCCACAGCAUGGAUCAAAACCAGGAGGAAGCCCACAGAGUCAGUCUUCGCAAGCAGAAGCUCCAGCAGCUGGAGGAUGAAUUCUAUACCUUUGUCGAGUCUCUGGAAGUGGCUAAAGCACUGCAGCUGCCUGAGGAGCUGGUGGGAUUCCUUUAUCAGUACUGGAAGCUGAAAAGAAAAGCCAACUUCAAUAAGCCAUUGAUUACCCCAAAGAAGGAUGAGGAGGAUAAUCUGGCCAAACGAGAGCAGGAUGUUCUAUUCAGGAGACUGCAGCUCUUCACACAUCUCCGGCAAGAUCUGGAGCGGGUGCGUAAUCUCACUUACAUGGUGACUCGAAGGGAAAAAAUCAAGAGAUCUGUUUGCAAAGUUCAAGAGCAGAUAUUUAACAUCUACGCAAAACAGUUGGAACAAGAAAGAGUUUCAGGUGUGCCUUCUUCAUUCUCCACAAUGGAAAACGCAGUGUUGUUCAAUAGUCCAUCUUUGGGUCCCAAUGCCCCUAAGAUAGAGGAUUUGAAAUGGCAUUCAGCAUUCUUCAGGAAACAAAUGGGCACAUCUCUGACACACUCUUUGAAAAAAUCACACAAAAGAGACGGAGUAAGUAAUAGCUCUGGGAACAGUAGCAAGUCCAUGCUGAGGCAGCCCAGCCAAAGGGGAGAUGGUGCAACUCCAGGAAGCUUGUUAAAUUUUGACAAGAGCUUUGCAGAAACACGGAUUGUAUCAGCACAGCAGAAAAAUGGCAUAGUUAUGCCAGACCACAGAAAAAGAAGAGACAAUCUUCCACAGUGCGAGGUAAUCAAGACAGAACUGAAGGAAAAAACUAAACAUAACCACAAACCACUGAGACCCACGGAACUCUCUCAGAGGCAAUCAGAAAACAAAAGGGCUGUGAACCACUCCAGUGGUAGGUCAGCGCCUGGCACACGGAGGGAUAUAGUGCCUAAAUGCAAUGGGGGUCUUGUCAAAAUAAACUCCAAUCAGACAGUAGUUAAAGUGCCUACGACACCCACGAGCCCAGUGAAAAACUGGGGCGGAUUCCGAAUUCCAAAGAAGGGGGAGAGGCAACAGCAAGGCGAGAGCCCAGAGGAGACCUGCCGCCAGAACUCCGGUUACCCCUACCUGGGCGUGGGCAGAGUUUCACCGAAGGAUAGGGCAAAAAGCAAGCCGAAGCCUGACAGCGAGAAUGAUGGGUACAUCCCUGAUGCUGAAAUGAGCGACUCAGAAAGCGAAGUAGCUGAAAAAAAGUGCAGACAGCAGAGGCUCAGCCCAAACAGCACUAUCAGCAGAAGGACGGACAUUAUUAGGAGAAGCAUCCUGGCAUCCUGACCGGGCAAUGGGGCACCGUGGUCAGUGGUCACUGCCUACAAACCAACUUCACUUUAUUUAUUGGUGUGAGAGGGGAGAGUUGUUAGACGUGGCUACAGACCGACAAAUAGAUAACCCAUUAUUCCUGAGCUGUAUAAACAUGUUUACAUACACUUAAAGCUGGAUUUUUUUGCCCCCUGGCCCAUUCCGUGACAAGUUUGAAUCUCCUUUAUUUGCAGCUUCCCUGAGUAAGCAGAGAAUUGGCAUCACUACUAAAACAGGAUUUGUGAUGAACACUAAAGUAAGUCACAAAAUCAUCUAGGGGGCUAGGGUGGGUAGUGGGGAAUUAGGCAGCAUCAUCCCUUUUCGCUAAUCUGCACUGUUAAAAUUCUCUUCCCUUCCCCUGCUUUCUGGAAAAGCACAAGCUCUUAAUUUAACUAGUGUGUAUUGAAUCAAAGAUGGUUAUUUAUUUAACCAUAUUGCACUGCUACACCCUGCUACAAACGGUCACUUGCCUUGGAUGGUGGUAGGUCUUUGUCCUCUCUUUGCAGAAUGUUUGUUGUUGCAUUUGAUUUGAGCACAAGUGGCAGCUUAAAACCCUCCGUAAGCUCCAGAGUUGAUGUGUAAGUCCGAGACCGAGAUGCUCAACUGGAAAAAAAGGAAGGGACAGGGCAGGGUUGCAGCUGCCUUACACUGCAACAGCUUAAAAGUACUCAGACUGAGCGUGGAGAAAAGCCUCCAGUGGCUUAGUUCUGAGAGAGGGGCUGGGCUCGCAGGUCACCAUGCCCCGUGGAAUGACCCGUCAGCAUUUCGUUACCUGCCUCCCAAACACCUUGACAAUUCAAGCAACAAAAUGCUAAGGCACCAGUCAGUAGGAUUUCCCAAAGCCCACCACAUAUGCACUAAUGGUAACGUAUUGGGAAAGCCCGGCUUAUGACACUAAAGGGUUACCUUAAAAUGGACAUAAAUAUAUAUUUUUAAAUAAAAUGGAGAGGCAAUAAAUUGUGAUUAGCUCUUUACAGUCAAAUGAAGAAAAGUUAUUCUAUUCUGGACUAGAUUUGAUGGAAGAGGGAACUCGUAUGCAUACUUUUUUAAUAAUUGCAAAUGGCAAUAACGAGAAAGCUAUGAGCAAUAAUAUUAACAGUUCAUUAUGAUACUUUUUUUGUACCGAGUAGAGCGCACAUGUAACAGUGGAUUGUUAGGAGCCUGGACGUUUUGGAAUUCUGCGUAGAUUUAAGUUAGGUAUGCACUGGUGAAACGAAGGUUUCAGCUGCAACGUGUUAGAGAAACACAGGCAUAAAGAACAGCCCAGCCUGCUGUUAACCACGCUCACUGGCGUUGCGUUGUUAGACCCUUGCCUCUCGAGCAGGGAAGAUGUUAAAGUACAGUAGAGCUCUGCCGUAACUGAGUCUUCCAGAAGAUUCAAUCAGAAGAAGGCUUAUUAACACCCCGUCUUGCUAUGCAAGUUGUAACUUACUUAAAUAUUGCAACAGAAUGUAUCCCUGUCGUUCACGUUUUAAAACUCUGAAGUCUCAGCCUUUUGAUAUCUUCUGGGGUGAUGCUGAGAGAAGGAAGUUUGGUUUAACACGGUGUUCUUUGAAAAGACCAUUGCUGGACCCAAGAAUUUGGAUUGACCUCAUGACUUGCACAGAUGGAAGCCCAGCAGGGCGCUGGCGAACGUGACGUUACGUAGUUGCUUUUGGGGUGUGUUAAAAUAGAGGUACCGAGGCGAUCAAAAAGCAGCAGGCAGACGGACGGUAAAUGCAGGUCGCUCUGCUUGACAUACAACUGCACGUUUAAGGCAGGCGUUGUUUCGGUAAGCAGCUCACGUCCACAUGGGGAAUUCUUCAAGCCAUAGAUGGAGUAAUCUAAAUUCUGAUUCUAGCGUGUAACCUCACACCAGUUGGAAAGAGGUACCUUGUUAAUUUGCACUAUUACGAUUGCUAGUGUUGUGCAGAAUGAAUGCCUUACCUGUUUUGCUCCCCGAUGUUUAGGUUUAUAAGCUUUCUAACGUUUCGAGUUACGCUGAACCCAAACCAAAAAAGCGCUUCCCCCCCCCAUUCCAAGAGCAGCCGGAUGGCUGCGGGAUGGCCGGCUCGGUAGGGCAGCUGUCGGCAGGAGGUGGCGGAGGGACGGCAGUGACAGCACAGCACCCCGUACUGUGUCGGGAUGGAACCGUUUGCUGAAUGUUACCUUUACUUGUGCAGCCUGACCGAGAGACCUUUGAUGCCGACUGACGGCCCGUGGGCUGGUUGGACUCGUGUCAGUUGCCCGGCAUGGCAGUCGUUAGGUUCCGAACUCACGCGGAUCUCAAUGAAGGGUUGUGUGGCGUAUCGGCCUGAGUGGCGGGCCUUGCAGCAGGCGGUCGUUACGUUUGUAAAGCCGUGUACAGAAGGUUUUUCACUACGUGCCUGGCUUUGGUGUCCAUUCGGCUGAAUUGAAUUGAGAAGGUGCAUGAAGAGGAGCAGGUAGAAACAAAAAGUAUAUGUAGAGAUGACUAUUUUAUAUCACAUGGCCCAAUCCUGUAUUUAUUUCCCCCCCCCCCCUCCCUUUUUGAAGUAUUUAUAAAGACCUAGUCGAAGACAGCUGUAUUUUUUGUUAAAAUAUUCGGUAGAAUUGUGCCUUUUUGUCCGUACGUGAAUAAAUGCUGUACAUUUUUGCAGUA